AGCCAAACCAAUGUUGGCAUGCUCCAUGUGGACCACACGGUGGCUCAGUUGUCUGUCAGAGUACGAGGACUGUCUAGCACUCCCGCGAUUAAGAUAAUUAACCCUGAAGGUAUUGAGCAUGCUGACAUGAAAGUAGUACGUGCAGGAAAUUUUGUCCAAGUGUACAACAUUAAAGAACCGCCCCCUGGUGUGUGGAAGAUCACCCGCGUGAUCAAGGACGAGUAUGACGUCAGUGUGACAGGUCACACCACGCUGGACUUUACUUAUCAGUUCCUAGAAACGGUGACAAACACUGGCAAUGUGUUUCCUGUACAUGGUCAGCCAUUAGCAGGGGAAAAUACGACGAUACUGAUCUCUUUGACGCAGUCGGUCCAAGUUGCAGGCUUAGCCAAGAUGUCCUUUGUUGACAGAAAUGGACUUCUCAUGUCAGACGUCAUGUCGAUGACUAAAAAUGGACCUAGACGAUUCAUUGGACAUGGUGUCGUCCCAGUAAAGAGUUUCUCAGUGAUGAUCUGGUUCACUGACAAUUUCGGGCACGUUGUGGUGAGACAGAGCUCUGCGAUGAUUGCACCGUCAGUUUCGAAACCUGCCAAGUAUUAUGAUGACGACAUCUAUGAGAAAUUGAUGUCAUUCAAACCUCUUAAAGCUACAGUUGCAUCAAAAUCUUUGUCAUCUAACAAAACCCUACUGACAACUGUCAUCGUCACAUCUGUCCUUCUUAUCAUUGCAACGGCGCUUAUGGUGGUGAUUCGAAAGAGGAAUCUACCUCCUACCAGUAAGAAGAGCCUGGAAGGCAAGAAGAUCAUGUUGGGUUCCAAAAAACCUUCCAUCACGUGUAUUGUCAGCCUCGAUCCCGAGAGUGGUAGCGUGUUUGGGAGUGAACAGGAAAGAGGCUCCAUCUUCUAAAAUAACGAGUGCGAUUGCCAUCACAGAUAACUGUCUUUUUAUAACGGACGUUUAUUUAAUUCCUUCAUUGACAGACUAGUUAGGCUUGCACCAUAAAUAGUAAAUGCGUUCAAAUGUAUCCUACCUGCAAUGUUUAUGUUAAAAAAUUUGUAAUUCGGUUAUAGCUAAAAAAUGAACUAUAAACAUAUACCGGGUAAUUACCAGUAGUACAUUUGGGUGGCGGACUCAGUGCAGAACAUCUUGAUAUAAGGUCUCCAUUUGCUGUUAUUCUGUUUACUGACUGUAACAUGACACGUAUUCUGCAUGUGAAUUGCGCACCAAGUCUUACCGUUACUUAGCAUCUUCCAGUUGAAUCUGUAUUUUCACUCAUCGAUCAUCGCUUCUAGAUGAUUCUUAUUUUAACUGAUUUUCCUAAAAAGCUGGGAAUCAAAAGGCCGUAGAUUUUCAUGGUCCCGCUGAAAUUGUUUCAGCGUAUUUUGACGCUCCUCCUCCACGUGUCCUGCGUAAUGCACAUACAUGUGUCACUUAUCAAAACACAAAGCAUGCGUGAAUUUAAUAAUAAAUUGGCUUCAUUUCCCAAAAUAUUUCUGUUCUACUGUGAUACCAUGCACACUUAUAGUUUUGAGCAACGCAUAUUAAUGGUCUUUUAUAUUUGGCAUUUUAAGUGUAA